GGUAGUCAUUCUUUCAUUUCUUUAGUUCAUUCGUUUCCGAGAAGACGUAAAUAAAAAUAGUACUGUCGUCGAGCAGAACAAAAGGUGAUGGGUCUCGUACGUCAAUAGAAAAAAAAAAUAGCGAAAUUUUUACUCUUGAGUGAUUUUGAAUAAAAAAAAAAUCAGAGACCGGGAAAUAGAUGCCGAUUAAAGAUAAGCUCCAGAAGACAAUCAAAAAAGUAGUGCAAAGUGUCGAUAGUAAGCUAAGUGACUGCCGUUUUUCUCGCGAAAUGUUAACAAACUCGAAGCCAAAGAAGAAAAUGGGCUUGAAAAAGACAAUUUUGAACAUUUUUCAUCGGUUCAUGGUGCUCCUGUUCCGCAUGUUGGUCCAAUUUUUGUACGGAGAAAAGGGAGAAUCCAUGCCGCCGAUCAAAAAUUUAAUUCUGCUCGACUCAGCAUCGACUCUUGCAUACAAAAUUCGCACAAGAAAGCUCACGAGUGUCGAAGUAGUAAAAGCCUUUAUCAAUCGCAUUCAUGAGGUCAAUGCAACUUUUAAUAUCGUCGUCGAUGAACGUUUUGCUGACGCGUUAAAAGAUGCAGAAAAAGCGGAUGCGCUAAUCGCGUCGGGAGUAAUGACCGAAGAGCAACUUGCCAAGGAGAAACCAUUCCUCGGAGUGCCGAUUACGACGAAAGAUUGCAUUCAAGUCAAAGGAAUGAUAUUUACGGCGGGACUCGUUUGUCGCAAAGACAUUCGCGGGGAAGAAGACGCCGAAGCAAUGGGUUUAAUGAGAAAAGCAGGCGCCAUUCCGCUCGCCAUUACAAAUGUGUCGGAAUGUUGCAUGUGGUGGGAAAGUUUCAACAAAGUUCACGGACGAUCCAGCAAUCCUUAUGACUCAAAUCGGAUCGUUGGAGGAUCAAGCGGAGGCGAAGGAGCAAUUCAAGCAGCUGCUGCCUCUCCAUUUGGUCUUGGAUCAGAUAUUGGAGGCUCAAUUCGCAUGCCUGCCUUCUUCAAUGGCAUUUUCGGACACAAACCAUCGAAAUUUAUCGUUUCCAACCAUGGUCAAUAUCCGAACACGGAAUGUGAGGAACAGAAUUCCUUCUUAUCAAUCGGUCCCAUGAGUCGUUUCGCGAAAGAUUUAAAGCCAAUGAUGAAAAUUAUUGCUGGCUCCAACGCGCAAUUCCUCGAUUUGGAUGAACCUGUGAACCUUACGAAACUUCGUUACUUCUAUCAAGAGAGCGAUGGCGGCGCUUUUCUCGUGUCUCCCGUCGAUUCUGACAUCAAAGAAGCCAUUCAGAAGGUUGCGGCACACUUUAAACGCACACUCAAAGCAGAGACCGUGAAAAAAGUGCAAAUUGAGAAAUUCCGCAAAUCAAUCUCGAUUUGGAUGGCUGCCAUGAAAACGAAAGAUGCGGUGAGUUUCGAUCGGCAACUCGCGAAUUUGGAGGGAAAAAUUAGUCCGUGGAUGGAAUUGCUAAAAUGGCCUUUUGGGCAAUCGAAUCACACACUCGUCGCGAUUUUGACGGCAUUUUCCGAUAAUGGCGGCGUGCAAUACGGGUCGCCGCAUCAUCAGUAUUUAAUGGAACAGAGGAAAGAAAUGGCGGAAGAAAUUAAACAGAUGCUGGGCACUGACGGAGUGUUUAUUUAUCCGACGCAUCCAACAGUUGCGCCCUAUCAUUACGAACCUGUGAUACGUGCCAUGAACUUUGGGUACACGGGCAUUUUUAACAUUUUGGGUUUGCCAUCGACUGCAGUGCCGCUUGGAUUGGGACGCGAAGGACUUCCUAUUGGGUUGCAAGUUGUCGCGAAUGUCAAUCAAGAUAGAUUGUGCCUUGCUGUGGCAUGCGAACUCGAACGUGCAUUCGGCGGAUGGGUCGCCCCCGAAGUUUUGGCUUAAAAAAAAGGUUUCCGAUUUAUAAAAAAAUAAAAAUUUAUCUAGAUGUUAAAUAUUGCAAGAUGAUGGUUAUUGAAAUGGAUCAAUAUUUUCCUUUCUAUUUUUGUACUAAGCUAUGAAUAAAUGGGCACAUAAGUGUAUAUGUGAUACAAAAAGAAAUAAAAAACCGAUUUUUC